AUGUCUCACUCCGACGAGACUCUGGCCGCCGCCUCGGCUUUGCUGAGGGGCUUGGCUAGGGGUGCUGCACCCUUAUCAAAUAGCGAUAAAUCUGCGACUAAUGGCCUCCGUUUACCGCCCUACGAGCUUCCAGGCCCAGACACGCCUGCGAAAGAGCAGUUUGAGGAUGAGCUCAGUGCUCUAGCAAGACGGAUACACUAUCUCGAAGCCAGAGCAGAUCUCGUCAGCAAGUCUCUGCCCGACACGCCAGGUGAACUCCCAAGCCCAGCUUCAUCUCUUACCAAAGCCACCGAAAAUGGCACAGAGUCAGUUCCUGUACGCGCCGAGCGUCAGCAUUCAAUAUCCAGCCGCUCGAGACGAAUCAACGACAUCCUCGCCGCCCGUGAACUUCAGCUCGAUCGCACCGUCAGCGAAGAUGACAUUGGUGUACUACGAGAACACGUUCAGAAGCAAGCAGAACAGAUCAAAAAUCAGAGCGAUACUAUCGACGAAAUAAGUCGCGGUCUGCGCAAUUCAGAAGAGCAAGCGAGACAAGCCUUCCGAAAAGUCGAGAACGAGGAUGUCGGCAUGCUGGAAAGGGAAUUGCGCAAGCACCAACAAGCGAACGAGGCUUUCCAGAAAGCCCUCCGCGAAAUCGGCGGCAUUGUCACACAGGUCGCUCGUGGCAAUCUGUCCAAUCGUGUCCAGAUCCAAGCCACAGAAAUGGACGACGAAAUAGCCACCUUCAAGAAGACGAUCAACACUAUGAUGGACCAGCUUGAACUGUUUGGCAGUGAAGUUUCUCAGCUUGCUCGCGAAGUAGGCACGGAAGGCAUACUGGGGGGCCAGGCGCAGGUCAAAGAUGUCCAGGGCAUCUGGAAAGAGCUGACGGACAACGUCAAUGUCAUGGCAGCCAAUCUGACCGCCCAAGUUCGAGAAAUUGCGACAGUGACCAAAGCCGUAGCGCAAGGCGAUCUCAGUCAAAAAGUACACAAUCGUGCCCAAGGCGAGAUAUUCGAUCUUCAGCAGACCAUCAACACCAUGGUGGACCAGUUACGGAUGUUUGCGACCGAAGUCACACGUGUGGCUCGCGAUGUCGGCACAGAGGGUGUAUUAGGAGGUCAAGCAGAUAUCCCAGGUGUGCAGGGCACCUGGAACGAGCUGACCAACAGUGUCAAUGCUAUGGCCGACAAUCUCACAUCACAGGUGCGCGACAUAGCCAUGGUCACAACAGCCGUCGCCAAGGGUGACUUGACUCGAAAAGUGACUGCAAGAUGCAAAGGCGAGAUUUUACAGCUGAAACAGACCAUCAAUGCCAUGGUGGAUCAAUUGAAGCAAUUCGCCCAGGAAGUCACAAAGAUCGCGAAAGAAGUCGGCACGGAUGGUGUGCUUGGUGGACAAGCGACUGUGCACGACGUCGAGGGUACCUGGAAGCACCUGACCGAAAACGUCAACGGCAUGGCAAACAAUCUGACGACUCAGGUGCGAGAGAUCGCCCUGGUCACAACAGCUGUCGCGAACGGUGAUCUGUCAAAGAAGGUCCAGGCCGAUGUCCAGGGCGAAAUCCUGGAUCUGAAGAUAACAAUCAACUCCAUGGUGGACAGGCUCAACACUUUCGCAUUCGAAGUCAGCAAAGUUGCUCGAGAAGUCGGCACAGACGGCACGCUGGGCGGACAAGCUCGAGUUGACAACGUUGACGGCAAGUGGCGAGAUCUCACGGACAACGUCAAUGUCAUGGCCUACAAUUUGACUCAGCAAGUGCGAAGCAUCUCGCACGUUACUCAGGCCAUCGCUGGAGGAGAUCUCGGCCAGAAAAUCGAGGUCGAAGCACAAGGCGAAAUCCGGACCCUGAAAGAGACCAUCAACAACAUGGUGGACCGACUGGCACAAUUUGCAUACGAAUUGCGAAGAGUGGCUCGAGACGUGGGUGUCAACGGCAAAAUGGGUGGCCAGGCCAACGUGCACGAUGUUAGUGGGCGAUGGAAGGAAAUCACAGAAGACGUGAACACGAUGGCCGAAAACUUGACAGCACAAGUGCGAGCAUUCGGCGAAAUCACGGAUGCAGCGACUGAGGGCGACUUCUCAAAGUUAAUCAGCGUCAACGCCUCCGGCGAGAUGGACGACUUGAAGAGGAAGAUCAAUCAGAUGAUAUCCAAUCUGCGAGACAGCAUUCAGAAGAACACAGCAGCCCGAGAAGCAGCAGAGUUUGCUAAUCGGACCAAGUCAGAGUUUCUUGCCAACAUGUCGCACGAAAUCCGUACGCCCAUGAACGGCAUCAUCGGUAUGACACAGUUGACACUGGAUACCGACGACCUCAAGCCUCAUCCGCGAGAGAUGCUCAAUACGGUGCACAACUUGGCCAACAGCUUGCUCACUAUCAUCGACGACAUCUUGGACAUUUCCAAAAUUGAAGCAAAUCUCAAAGCCCACGAGAAGAACCUUCGCCUAGCAUUCAAAGUCGACAACACAGUACCGGAUUACGUGAUCGGCGAUCCUUUCAGACUGCGGCAGAUCAUCUUAAAUCUCGUGGGCAACGCAAUCAAGUUCACCGAUCAGGGCGAGGUGAAAGUGACCAUCCGCAAAGAUCGAGAACUGAUCGGCAAAUGUGGCCCCUCUGAAUUCCCAUUCGAGUUCGUGGUAUCGGACACUGGGAUAGGGAUUCAGUCCGACAAGCUAGAUCUUAUCUUCGAUACGUUUCAACAAGCUGAUGGCUCGACAACGAGAAAGUUCGGCGGUACUGGCCUCGGGCUUUCGAUAUCGAAGCGAUUGGUGAAUCUGAUGGGAGGCAACGUGUGGGUCACGUCCGACUUUGGCCACGGCAGCAAUUUCCAUUUCUCCUGCAUUGUCAAGCACGCCGCCGAGGACAUCAGCGUGAUCAGCUCGCAACUGUAUCCAUUCCGCAAGCACCGUGUGCUGUUCGUGGACAAGGGCGAGACCACACUCUCGGCACAGAUUCCUGAGAUGAUCAAGGAGCUUGGCUUGCAGAUCCUGGUCGUUGACAAUGAAGCGGAUGCGCCUGAGCCUGAGCCGGUGAAACGAGGCAAAACCACGGAGAAGGGGUACGAUGUGAUCAUCAUCGACACGAUCGAAACCGCCAAGACGCUCCGAGCGCAAGACAAGUUCAAGUACAUUCCGAUGGUGUUGCUGAGCGAAUCGAUAUCGAUGGAUCUGCGGACUGUCCUGGACAUGGGUGUGGCCUCAUACAUGACCACGCCUUGUCAAUUGAUCGAUCUCGGCAAUUGCAUGAUUCCAGCUCUGGAAGGACGAAGCACGCCACUGUUACAGGACUACAAGAAGUCAUUCAAUAUCCUACUGGCAGAAGACAAUGAAGUCAAUCAGAAGGUGGCAGUCAAGAUCUUGGAGAAGUACAACCACGUUGUCACUGUGGUUGGCAACGGACUCGAAGCAUUCAAGCUCAUCAAGACGCAAAGGUACGAUGUGGUGCUCAUGGACGUGCAAAUGCCAGUCAUGGGUGGCUUCGAAGCGACACGUGAGAUCCGACAAUACGAGAAGGACAACAAUGUACCACGAACGCCGAUCAUUGCGCUUACAGCUCACGCCAUGUUGGGCGAUAGGGAAAAGUGCAUACAGGCGCAGAUGGAUGAAUACUUGUCGAAGCCGCUCAAACAGAACUUGUUGAUGCAGACGAUUCUGCGGGUAGCAUCCGAUGGUGUAACAGCCAUGUUCAACAAGCAUGCGCGGACAAAGUCAAAUGGCACUGGAGCCAAUUCGGCGAAUGCUGCCAAAGAGGAAGUGGCUGCGCAACAGGCGCAGACUCUCGAGCCGCCGACAAGUCCGACGAGACCGAUGUAUCAAGAACGAAGCAUCACGACGACAGGACCAGUGCUACACGGUUCUGUGGAGUCACCGGCUGUCGCUAAGGACGGCAUGGAUGACCCAAUGAGCACGGCGAGUACCAAUGUGAGAGCGAGCGCUCAGCGAUUCCAAAGCUACUGA